GCGGAGGGGGAAGAAAGGAACCCCACAAGAAUAAAGGAGGAGGUGUAAGCAAGUUGGAGCGGGAGGAAGAUGGCGGGGCUGUCCGUGCGGGAUCCCGCCGUGGACCGGUCCCUGCGCUCCGUUUUCGUGGGGAACAUCCCAUAUGAAGCCACAGAAGAGCAGUUAAAGGACAUUUUCUCAGAGGUUGGGCCUGUCGUCAGUUUCCGAUUGGUGUAUGAUCGAGAGACGGGCAAACCAAAAGGUUAUGGCUUUUGUGAAUAUCAAGACCAGGAGACGGCACUCAGUGCCAUGCGUAACCUGAAUGGACGUGAAUUCAGUGGGAGAGCCCUGCGUGUGGACAAUGCAGCCAGUGAGAAGAACAAAGAGGAGCUGAAGAGCCUGGGCACUGGGGCCCCCAUCAUUGAGUCGCCCUAUGGAGACCCUGUGAACCCUGAAGAUGCUCCUGAGUCCAUCAGCAGGGCUGUUGCCAGCCUCCCACCGGAGCAGAUGUUUGAACUGAUGAAGCAGAUGAAGCUCUGUGUCCAGAACAGCCCUCAGGAGGCUCGGAGCAUGCUGCUGCAGAACCCUCAGCUCGCCUAUGCCCUGCUGCAGGCCCAGGUGGUGAUGCGGAUUGUGGAUCCGGAGAUCGCUCUGAAAAUCUUGCAUCGGCAGACGACCGUCCCAGCUCUGAUUCCAGGUGGCCUGCAAGCGGGUCCAGGACAAGGGCCUGGGCCUGGGCCUGGGCCCGGGCCUGGGCAAGGUCCCGGUCCUGGGCCCGGUCCUGGUCCUGGGCCUGGGCCUGGUCCAAAUGCACAGAUGAACCAGCCAAACGUCCCCUCCUCCCAGCCACAACCAAUACAGGGGGGUAUGCAUGUCAAUGGAGCCCCCCCUAUGAUGCAACCACCCAUGCAGGGAGGAGUGCCAGCCCCAGGGCAAAUGCCAAGCUCUGGCCCUGGCCCUGGCCCCUUGGCUCCUGGAGGUGGCAUGCCAGGAGGUGGCCCGAUGCUCUUGGAACGGGGUCAAGGGAACCUGCAGCUCUCUCCCGUGGGACCUGCCAGGCCUUCCUCUAUUGAGCGAGUCCAAGUGCCCAUGCCGGAUCCACGGGCCCCCAUGCAGCGUGGGCCAAUGCCAGCUAGUGGUCCACCACCCCGAGGCCUUCUGGGAGAUGCACCAAAUGAUCCGCGUGGGGGAACUCUGCUGUCAGUCACUGGAGAAGUGGAACCCAGGGGUUAUAUUGGGCCAUCGCACCAGGGGCCUCCUCACCAGGGGCCCCCCAUGCACCACAUGGCCGGUCAUGACAAUCGUGGGCCGCCACCCCACGAAAUGAGAGGUGGGCCAAUGGGAGAACCGAGGCCGUUGAUGGGAGAGCCACGAGGUCCCAUGAUGGACACCCGAGGUGGAAGAGAUCCGAGAGGAAUGGAGCCCCGAGGCAUGGAUGGCAGGGGCAUGGAGCCCAGAGGAAUGGAGCCCAGGGGAAUGGAGCCCAGAGUGAUGGAUGCCAGGGGCAUGGAACCCCGAGGGAUGGAGCCCAGGGGAAUGGAGCCCAGAGUGAUGGAAAUGCGGGGCAUGGAGCCCAGAGGAAUGGAAUCUCGGGGCAUGGAGCCUCGUGGGAUGGAGCCCAGAGGCAUGGAACCUCCUCGGGGCAUGGAACCCAGGGGGAUGGAGCCCCCCAGAGGCAUGGAACCACCCAGGGGGAUGGAGCCACCCAGGGGGAUGGAACCCAGAGGCAUGGACUCUAGGGGCCCUGGUCCCAAUCCAAGGGGUCCAAUGACUGGAGGUAUUCAAGGCCCUGGACCUCUAAGCAUGGCAUCCACUGUCUCGCAGGGGCCUCGACAGGUGCCUAACAUGCCUGCUGCAGCAAUGCAGGCCGGAGGCAUGCCAGGACCAAGUGUACAAGCAGCUGGCCAGCCUGGGGGGUUCAGUCCCGGCCAGAACCAGGUAACACCCCAGGAUCAUGAAAAGGCCGCACUCAUCAUGCAAGUCCUCCAGCUGACGGCAGACCAGAUAGCUAUGUUGCCUCCAGAGCAAAGGCAGAGCAUCCUGAUCCUGAAAGAGCAGAUACAGAAGUCCACCAGUGCCCCUUGAUCUGCAUUCUCUGGGUUUGGAAAGUUGCCCAAGAUAUGUUGAAAAUGGCGCUGAAGACUACUUGUAUGCCCUUUCUUUACCUGAGCCUGGAGCAGAAGUUUAUUUCAAUUUAUCUUGUUCAGUUCUCCCCCUCGUUUUGUUUACUUCCAGAUUAAAAACUUGUCCUGGAUUUGAGUAAAAAACCCAUGGGCUUUAUUGUACAACUGCAUUGCACUCACUUCAUCAGUCUC